ACGACCCGAGAGCAUAUCCUUCGCUCAGUUACUCGCGAGUUCUCGUCGUUGGUGCAACCCAACAUUUCUAAUCCUUCUCUCUCUCUCUCUCUCUCCCUUUUCGAUCGUCAAACGAAGAUCAUUUUUUUCUCGAUACGAUCAAAAAGUUUUUAACUGAGGAUACAAGUUCGUCUCGAAUUUCCGCGCUCACUCGUACGUUAUUACAAUUUUUCAACGGUUCCGAUUCCUCCACUAAAAUCGGUAAAAACGGACCCCCCGCCGCUCGAAAAAUCUUGAUUUUUCUAUUCCCCUUUUUUUACGUUAUUGUUGUUGUUCUUUCACAAUUGUUCUCUUUGUUGACGGGUAACUUGUGAAAAACUUUGAAAUUUCGUCGUGUCCGCGCGGCCGGCUACGCCGGGACGAGGACAGAAGCCGCUUCAACAUGUACCAGCGACUCAAAUGGUCGUUGGUGCUACUCGUUUUCGUGAUCGUGACUCAGGUUGCGGACGUUUCAGGCAAAUACCAUCACAUUAAAGUGCGACAUGGAAGGCACCGGAGACAGCACGCGAAUAGUUAUUUGCCAAGCAGUUUCGUGCCCGACACAGAUGAGCCGGAAAGGGGCAACUGGGGACCCUGGACACCACCGAGCUCCUGUUCGAGAUCCUGCGGUGGCGGUGUAGCUCAUCAGACGAGGCAGUGUCGCGACGUCGAUGACAAUGGCUACGACAGGUGCACAGGUGCCAAAAAAAGAUUCUUCUCCUGCAACAUCCAGGAAUGCACAAACAGCACGACAGACUUUCGUGCUGAGCAGUGCGCAGAAUUCAACAACGUUGAGUUCGAGGGUGUAUACUACGAUUGGAUACCAUACACCGGUGGUCCGAACAAGUGCGAGUUGAAUUGCAGGCCGAAAGGUGAGCGCUUUUUCUACAGGCACAAGUUGAGCGUCGUCGAUGGGACUCCCUGCGACCUCGAGAGAAACGACGUCUGCGUUGAGGGAAAAUGUAUGCCGGUUGGCUGCGACAUGAUGCUGGGGAGCGAAGCGCGAGAGGAUUCUUGCCGAGAAUGCGGCGGGGAUGGAUCCGAUUGCAACACCGUCAACGGCGUCUUCGAUACCGACGACCUUCAAGUCGGCUACAUCGAUAUUCUCUUGAUACCUCAAGGCGCGACGAAUAUCGUCGUCAAAGAAGUCGCACCGUCGAACAAUUACCUCGCUGUUCGCAAUACGACCGGAUUUUAUUAUCUGAACGGACAUUGGAGAAUUGAUUUUCCACGGAGUCUCAGAUUCGCCGGGACGAUAUUUCAUUAUGCCAGAGAUCCGCAGGGUUUCUCAGCGCCUGACACGAUUACAGCCCUCGGACCGACCACCGAAGCCAUUUACAUCGUGCUGCUCUAUCAAGACAGAAACGUCGGUGUUAACUACGAGUACAGCAUUCCCAAAAAGUUCUCGCAACAAGCAGAUCCCGACAGUUACACUUGGGUUACCGACGAAUUUUCCGAGUGCAGCUCCACGUGCGGAGGAGGUUACAAAUCCCGGAGAGUGAUGUGUGUAAAGCGUCGCGACAAUGCGCCUGUGGAUGACAAUCUCUGUGAUCGACAAUUGGAGCCUGACGACACCGAACUUUGCGGCAACGAUCCAUGUCCGUCCGAAUGGGUCGCCAACGAGUGGGGGCCUUGCAGCAAGCAGUGCGGCGAGGGCGGUGAACGCACGCGAGAAAUAAAGUGCGAGCAGAUUGUGGCCGGUGGAAUACCCCGGAUCGUCGAUGAUUCCGAGUGCCUUAAAAAUCUCGGACCGAAAAACGAAACGACGGAAAAGUGCAACGAGAACGUCGAGUGUCCAAAGUGGCACGAAGGACCGUGGAAACCGUGCGACCACCUCUGCGGACCCGGUAAGCAAAAACGACGCGUAAUUUGCUACAGGAAAAACGAGGAAACCGGUAAAAUAGAGGCACUCGAGGACUCGGCCUGUUCCGCGGAGCCUAUGCCAGAGCGGGAAAAAGCCUGCGAAAACAGACCGUGCGCCGGUCUCGAUUGGGUUACUUCCGAAUGGAGCGGUUGCGACGAAAAAUGCGGCUUGACACGAGAAACGAGAACGGCGCACUGCGCGACUCAGGACGGCACGACUUACCCUGACGAUAAGUGCGUCGAGAGCAAAAAACCGGAAGUAACGCGAAAAUGUGAGAACCCGAAGAGCUGCGAAUUUUUGUGGUACACGAGCCAAUGGAGCGAGUGCUCUGCGAAAUGCGGCAAAGGAAUCCGAUCUCGGGCCGUAUUCUGCGCCGGAUUCGAAGGCGACACCCUUAAAAAAGUGGACGAUGAAAAAUGUGAUUCCGCCAAGAAAUUCAACGACACCGAGGAAUGCCAAGCCGAAGUUGAAGAGUGCAAGGGCGAGUGGUUCGCCGGUCCAUGGAGCAAGUGUUCCAAACCCUGCGGCGGAGGUGACAUGAGCCGUAAAGUCGUCUGCUUGAGCAACGGAACUGUCGUUCCACCGAGCAAUUGUGAAAUCGACGUGAUAAUGUUCGCGAGUGAGUCUUGCAACGAUUUCACCUGCAGCGAAGAUCAAGUGCUACCGGUCGAGCCAGGAGAGACUCAGGUGCCAACUGACGAAGACGAAGAGUGCGAGGUGUACGAGGACGAGGAAAAAGACUUUGUGACCUUCGACGGAAGAUUCAGCAGCGAGGAGGACAACGAAGUUGAUACAACCGGAAAAACUCGGUCGCCUCUCGACACCGAUAGUUCAGGCUUUACGAGCAUUGACGACACGAUGCUGAGCGACGCGCCGUACAGUCGAGGUGACAUAACGCCAGUUGAGACUGGAAGUGGCAGCGGAAGUGGCGACACCGAGUACACCGGUGACAUACUGAGCACCAUUUACAAUAUCGAUUCGUCAGCGUCGCCUGGUUUCGAGGGCAGUGGUGCUACGACGGACGAAAUAUCCAGUGAAACGGAGCCGGCAUUUACGAGCGGAAUUACGGAAUCAUCGACGACCGAAGUUACCGGAGAUGCGGAAACCGGGAGUGGUUUUACGGAAACCGGAGAAUCAAUAACGACCGUCGAAUCCGGUUCGGAAUCAAGUGGGGGAACGACGGAAAUGAGCGCCGAAACGUCGGAUGAGAGUGCGACCUCCCAGCCGGUCGAUGCUUCCGACGCGACGACCGAAAUAUCCACCGAAUCUUCUGCCAGCUCCGAAAUGUCGGGCAGUACAAACGACGCAUCGGAAAGCAGCGAAGUAACGGACGAAUCGAGCACGGAUUCGGCGACUGAAUUCAGCACCGAUGGCGAGACCGGAACGACGAUUUCAGCGACCAGUGAUUCAUCGGUGUCCGAAAUCAGUACGGAUAUGACGGCGACAUCGAGCAGCGAUUCCAGUUACGCUUCUACCGAUGCGACGAGUGAUUCGGACUCGACGGAAUCGACUGACACGCCUGAUACGGAACCGACCGAGACCACAGUUACGGAUAACACGGAAUCGACGCCAACGGACGUGACCGAAAGCACUUUGAGUACCGAUUCCUCUGCGAGCAGUGAAACGGACGAUACCACCGUCGAUUCUUCGACCAUCGGCUCCAGCGAGACUACCGAAGGCUCGGAAAGCUCGAGCUCGGACGUAGAAACUACUGAAGCGAACGCCUCCGAAAGCUCGUUCACUUUCGGCGACGUCAACAGUGAAUACGAUCCUGAAAAGGUGUCCGAAACUUCCGAAUCCGGGAGCAGCGAAACAACGACUUCGGAUGCCGGAUUGACCACCGACGCGACAAGUUCGGAGUCGGUGACCGAUGGAUCGACCGACUCUUCCACGAGCUCCGACGAAUUCGGCUCAACCGUAUCGACCGAUGAAACUGGCGUGACCGAGGAAAGUACGAUCGUCGAAUCCCGCGGAAGCACGGCGUCGGAAGAGAGCAGCGAAACUUCAGUGACCGACGAGGCUACGGAAUCGGGAGCUACGACAGAGUCCGAAGCCCCUACCGAAUCCGGAGGCACGACCGAGUCUUCGGACUUGACGAGCGAGACCGAAACUACGUCGAGUGACUCGAGCACGGAAGCGGUGACGACAGGAACAUCGAUCAGCGAAUCGGAAGGUUCGACGGAAAGCGAAGAAUCCACGGUGUCGGGUGAGACGACGGCGACGAUGGAAACCAGCACAGCAGGCAGCGAUAUGACGACGGGAACGAGCGACGAAUGGGACGACCUCACCGGUCAAUCUCACAUAACCGAUAUCUGGACUACGAUAAGCCCCGUAGACGCAGCCAUCACCCGAGAGCACAAGAUGCGCAAGUGUCUAGUGCCGAAAAAGAAAUCUUGCAAGAAGUCCGAAUUCGGCUGUUGUUACGACGGAGUGACAGCGGCUCAAGGUCCCUUCGACAAGGGCUGCCCAACGCCAAAGACUUGCGAGGAAACUGUUUACGGCUGUUGUCCCGACGGCGUUUCGCCAUCGGCUGGUCCGAAUAACGAAGAUUGUCCAUUCUCGCAUUGCAACGAGACGCUCUUCGGCUGUUGUCCGGACGGUAUCACGAUUGCCGAGGGCAACGAGAACGAGGGUUGCAAGAAGCCCUGCAACGAAACCGAAUUCGGCUGUUGUCCGGACAGAGAAACCGCGGCCAGUGGCAAGGACAAUCUCGGCUGUUGCAACGUCACGGAACACGGAUGUUGUCCGGAUGGAAUGAAAGCAGCGAGCGGAGCCGACCUCGAGGGCUGCGAGGACGAGGUAACGACCCCCGUGACUUCGUGGACCGAGAGCGAAACCGAGGAAUACGAGAGUACGACGAGCAUGCCAAGCGUGGAGCCAAGUGGCGAAGAUUGCGCCAAUUCGACGUACGGCUGUUGUCCUAAUGGUCUCAGAGUCGCGACCGGUGAGAAUUUCGCAGGUUGCGGGGUUAUCAAUCAAGAGAAUUGUACGGCCUCGUACUUCGGCUGCUGUCCCGACGGCGAAUCGGCCGCUCUCGGCCCGAGCAACGCCGGCUGUCGAUCCCUCUGCGCCAACACAACUUACGGCUGCUGCGAGGACGAUUCAACGCCGGCCCACGGUCCGAAUCAAGAAGGCUGUUGUCUCACCUCGACUCACGGAUGUUGCCCGGACAAUAUCACCCCGGCUCGGGGUCCCGAUUUCUACGGAUGCGGUUGUCAAUACUCCCGAUUCCGGUGCUGUCCGGACAACGCGACAGCAGCACGAGGACACAACAACGAGGGCUGUGGUUGCCAAUACACUCCGCACGGUUGUUGCCCGAACAGGUUCACUCCAGCGACCGGUCCGAACUUCGAGGGCUGCCCCUGUCACACGUACCAAUUCGGUUGCUGCCCGGAUGGCAUCACGGUCGCGAAGGGGCCCCACGGACAAGGCUGCGGAUGUGAGCACACCGAGUUCAAGUGUUGUUCGGACGGAAGAACACCCGCGAGGGGAGCCAACUUCGCUGGCUGCACUUGCGAAUCCUCCAAAUUCGGAUGCUGCCUCGACGGAGUGGAAGAAGCUCAGGGCGAGAACUUCGAAGGUUGUCUCAGUCUCCCGACCAAUCCAGGAGCAGCCUGCGGCUUGGCGCGCGAUCGCGGACCCUGCCGAGACUUCACCGUCAAAUGGUUCUUCGAUACCGAAUACGGAGGGUGCUCGAGAUUCUGGUACGGUGGCUGCGAUGGCAAUGACAAUCGUUUCAAGUCCCAGGAGGAGUGCAAGGAAGUCUGCGUCGCACCGCCCGGCAAGGAGGCUUGCUAUCUUCCCAAAAUCGCUGGACGCUGCGAAGGCUAUCAUCCCAAAUGGUACUACGACACCGAAAGGAAACAAUGCGGCCAAUUCAUCUACGGAGGAUGCCUCGGUAACGCCAACCGAUUCGAGAGCCGCGAACAGUGCGAGGAACUCUGCUCGGCACCGGAUGGCGUUGAUCCCUGCGAACAGCCGAAAGAAAGUGGCCCGUGCAAAGGCAACUUCACUCGCUGGUACUACGACAAAGAGCGUCAAAGUUGCGAGCAAUUCGUCUACGGUGGAUGCAAAGCGAACGACAACAAUUAUCCGACCGAAAUUGCCUGCCAUCAGCAAUGUCUUCAACCCGGUCACAGCCGCGAUUCUUGUUCCCUUCCCCGGGACGAGGGUAACUGCACCGAGAAGCAUUCGAGGUGGUUCUUCGAUAGAUCGGAGAACCGUUGCAUGCCCUUCUAUUUCACGGGCUGUGGUGGAAAUAGAAAUAACUUUGACUCUAGACGCGCAUGUGAAUCCGAUUGUCCACCCAAAAUUGAACAAGACACCUGUCUGCUGCCCGCACUUCUCGGGGAAUGUCACAAUUAUACGCAACGCUGGUUCUACGAUUCGUACGAGCAACGCUGUCGACCAUUUUAUUACGGAGGAUGUGGAGGAAACGGCAAUAACUUUGAAACGGAGCACGAGUGUGCUGGUCGUUGCGAGAAGUCGCUUUCGACACCUGCGCCACCUGCUGUCGAAUUCAGGACUGAGUUUUGUUUCCUUCCUGACGAACGCGGUACUUGCAACGAAAAUACAGUCAAAUGGUUCUACGACAGUCGUGACGGUAUUUGCAAACAAUUCCACUACUCCGGAUGCGGAUCUAAUGGCAAUAAAUUCGACACGCGAGAAGAGUGCGAAUAUCGAUGUGGCGAAGUCCAAGAUGCUUGCGCAAUGCCCAAAGUGGUUGGUCCCUGCAACGGUUUCGUAACUCAGUAUUACUACGAGCGUCGAACCGAUACGUGCGAGGAGUUCGAAUACAGCGGAUGUGCCGGAAAUAAAAACCGCUUCCAGGACCGUCGAGCUUGCGAGGCUAAAUGUCGAGAGGGCAGAGAGCCUUCGAGGCGAAACGAAACGAGCACGAUUCCACCGGUGCCCACGCAACAAGUACUGCCGACUAGUCCAAUCUGUUUCGAGUCUGUCGACGCUGGCCCUUGCGACGGCGACGUCACAGCUUAUUACUACGACCCGACCUCCAAAUCCUGUCAGGCCUUCAUUUAUGGUGGCUGCAAGGGAAAUGCCAACAGAUUCCAAACGGAGGAACAGUGCGAGAGACUCUGCGGACGUUUCCAGGGCCAAGACGCCUGUAACUUGCCCUCCGACACCGGACCUUGCAGAGGCAUCUUCCCCAAAAUAUUCUACGAUCCGAGCGCUCGUAUCUGUCGCGAAUUCAUCUACGGUGGAUGCGACGGAAACGCUAACAGAUUCAGCAGCGUUCCCGAAUGCGAAUCCGUCUGCAUUCAUCGCGAAGAGCCUGCUCCUGCUGGAAAUGACACAGCUCUCUCUCACUUCGCUAUUUGUCGUGAGCCUGUGGAUAUCGGAUCUUGCUCGGCUGGCAAUUACAAACGGUUCUACUACGACGACGAUCGUCAAACUUGCAUGCCAUUCCUCUAUACCGGUUGUGGUGGCAAUCGUAACAACUUCAAAACCUUCGAAUCAUGUCUUAACACCUGUUUCCGGACGAGCAACGAGAUAGACGUGGGAGGUGAUGCGCAUUUGAGGGAUCCUUGCGCCGAGGCUCACGAGGAGUGCGCCAUAAUUCGUUGUCCUUACGGAAAAGAGGCAUACGUCGAUAACAGCGAUUGCGAGCGUUGCCGUUGCGUUGAUCCCUGCAGAGUGCUUUACUGUCCGGAAGGCACGAGAUGUUCGAUCAGCCUCGUGGCAACUGGCGAUGGCACUGAAUAUCGCGGAGUUUGUAGAUCGACUUCAAAACCAGGAAACUGUCCCGUCGUAUCAAACAGCACGAGAUGCGAACGUGAAUGUUCGACCGACGCUGAUUGCGUCGAAGACACGAAAUGCUGUGACAACGGCUGCGGCACCUCGUGUCUCGAACCAGCGCCCGAGCCACAGACGACCUUACCUCCCAUUUUCAAUAUCACUGCACCACCGUACGGUGCCGAACCCGCUGCCAUUAAAACUCCUGAACAACCGGAAGUCAGAGCCGAGGAAGGCUCCUAUGUCACGAUGACGUGUUACGCUACCGGAAAUCCGAGACCGGCGAUAACUUGGAGGAAAGACACGACAAUCAUCAAUGCAGCAGAGAAGAGACGACGUAUAUUGGGCGAUGGAUCUCUCCAAAUCAUCAACUUGUAUUCCUACGAUCGUGGUACUUACGUGUGCACCGCAGACAAUGGAUUGGGACCACCUGCCAGGACGGAAUACCACCUCGAAGUCACAGAGCCGCACGAUCGUUCAGCGGCCAUCGUAGGAGAGCCGAGCACGUUUGUCACCGUGACGAUGAAUUCUCCAACGGUAUUACACUGUUACGCAAUGGGUUGGCCAAGGCCGUUCGUAACUUGGUGGCGGGGUGAUCGCAUGUUGCCAUUGUCCUCGGAAUAUUACGAGCAAGAUUCCGACUAUACUUUGCUAAUACGAUCGGUAACGCUAACGAAUCUCGGUGUUUACACCUGCCAAGCUUACAACGGUAUCGAAAGACCUGCAUCCUGGUCCGUAACCCUUCAAGCAAUCGGUCCGGUUUACAACAUCCGACCUGAUCAACUCGAAUACGCUCAAUAUCUCGUUCAGCCACCCAAACGACCCGACAGACCCGCCACCGAACGUCCUCAAUACCCUUACAGACCGAGCAGAACUCAAAUCCCCGACAAUCAAACCUACGCACCCAUUUAUCCAACCCAACCACCGCCGCAUCGACAACCGUACACUCCAAGACCAGCCUACACUCCCAGGCAACCGUACACUCCUAGACCAGCCUAUACUCCUCCGGGUGUUAUUCCCAUCGAAAACCCGGCGCCACAGCCGUUCAGAGUACCGGUGAAUGUCAACGUGAGUACGGACCAGACGGAAUACCCGGUAGGAAGCGACAUCAGCUUGCAUUGCACCGUGGAUGGCUAUCCGAUUCCAACGGUCCUAUGGUAUAAGAACGACGAACUCAUUCUUACGGAUGAUCGUAUCAAGAUUUCUGAAUCAAAUCAACUUGUCAUUUCGAGUGCAACGAACAACGAUACGGGCACCUAUCGGUGCGACGCUUCCAACGAAAACUCAAGGAGUACAGCGAGUGUUGAUAUUCGCGUCGAGGGCAUGUACAUACAUCCGGAUUGUCAGGACAACGCGUUCUUCGCAAAAUGUGAUUUGAUCGUAUUCGCGAAGUAUUGUCGACACCAGUACUACGCGAAAUUCUGCUGUAGAUCCUGUACGGAAGCGGGUCAACUAUCAGCGACCGGUCCCCGCUUGAACGCAGCUAAAAAACGAAGGAGAAGAAGUUCCCUCGAUCGCUGGCUCGUUUAAGACGAAGAUAAGAAGAAAAAGAAGUGAAAACCCAACCGAAUAUAUAUCAGACGAAUAACAUCGAAAACACACACCGAAACAAUGAAGAAGUUACGAGGAGGAAGUGAGGAAAAACAAGAAUCAAAAUGGAAGCCACUUUAGCAUUGUAGUCGAGUAUGUCAGGGGAGGUCGACAGAAUCAACGAACUUGUCAUGCUCAUGACGCCCGAACGUUAAGAAGGGUCAGGUAAAAGGGAGCAAAGAGAAUACGAAAGAGAGACAAUGUCUGUCGAUAAAAAAGUGGAGAAAUAAACAAACGAGAGAAAAAAAAAAGAUAGAAAAGAAAUAAACCGGAAGUCGGAAAGAACGAAUCGAAUCUCGUUCACUGCCAAAGUUUUAGAACGUCUAUCCUUACAUAUGUAGAUACUAAGUACCUAUAUACAUAUUAAUCGACUUACCGUCGAGUGACAAAAGAAUAAGAGAAGAUAUCGAAUAAGCGGGGGAGAAAGCAGAACGAUAUGGAAAAAAGUAAUGAGAAUGCGAAAACUCAGCGACGUGACGUUUGCUGGCACUUUGAGCGGAAGCACACAUUUUACCUUUUAUAAAAACACCCCACACAUAUGAAAAUGUUCACAUAUCGUUCGUCGAAUAUUUCAUGUCUGAAAAAAAAAGAAUCAUCUACAUUGAUCAAGUGAACGGGAAAACGUGUAUAUGAUAUGUGGACUCCGUGACGUCACGUGCAAUUAUUCCAAGCGUUGACGCUCUUUGUAUAAUGAAUAUUCCGAUACGUACAAGACAUUCCGUGGUCAGGAUUUACCGAGUGAUGGAUCAUUCCAUUAUCCGGAGUAAAAAGUUCUUGGGCAUUUUUAUUUGCGACGAAUAGUUCACGAGAAUUUGAUGAUUAGCGACUGGGGAUUCUGUUCAGCUGUCGCUAAUUGAUGAAUAUCUCAGCAACGGUACGUUGCACACAUAAAAAUAAUCCUGGACCAACUGCUCUAGAAUCGUCUGAUCCACUUGCCCCAUUGAUCUUGACACUGUCGGAAUCGCUUGUAGCUAUAUAUAUAAAUAUGUAUACUUUAUUAAUGAAUAGUUUUAAUAACUUCGUAGUACAUUUCUAAGGCAAUUUGCAAACGUAUUUGCGAUAAUAGCAAGCGGUGACACUAUUUGUAUGCAAGAUACCCGCGGAAGAAUACAAAAAACGAUAAAUGUCUGUUAUUAACCAAUGACUGUCACAAAUAAUUCACACGAAGACACAUAAGGAGACUCGCAUUUGUACAGUUGUAUUUUAUUAACAGUAGAAGAUUUUCAGAGCCAUAUUUUCACGUGUACGUAAUUUUGCUUUCGUAUAGAAAUCAGUUAAUUUAUAGAUCGACCGGUGAACACUGUUUUUUUUUACCUCAGCGUCUUCCUGAUGAAUUUUAUUAAUCUUUCUUUCGAAUUCCAACGAGUUUACAUUUUUAUAAAUAUCGUCAUGAAUUAACAUGCACCUGGUGCCAAGGAUCAACAGUUUUAUUCGAAUUUAAGUUUUGACUCGCUUAUCAGGCCGUAGGCACUCCGAAGACAAUCCACCCCGAGAAACAUCGAGUAGAUUAUUUUGUAAAACGAACUUAUUAACGAACGAAGGAUUGAUGAAUUUAAACAUAAACAACAAAAGUAGUAAUAACAAUGUUUGUAAGAAUAAAAUAACUCAAAUGCGAGCAACAAUAUUUAAAAAAAAAAAAUAGAACGAAGAGAAAAAAAAACAUUUUAUACCUGUACGUGAAUGAGUGGCAAAAAUAUUCGUGGAAAAUUUCGAAAGCGAAUUAUGGAACUGCACUAGUGCGACGCAAUCGACGAGCGUUUUUUCACAUAUCGAUCGAGCCUAAAAACACGCGUUAGAGUAAAACACACACACGUACACACAUACACAUACACGGGGACACAGUGAUGCACACAGUGCCUUACUACUAAGAGCUCUGAACUACAAAUCGAAAAAAAAAUUGGUGAAGAAAUCUUGUAGAACUCUUGCAGAAGGAAAAAAAUAAUGAAAACCGAUUUACGAGCUUUCCUCGUGCAAACAAGACCCCAGGCUGGAUGUUGAAUAUCGAUAUGACAGGCUAAACAUUUUGAAAUUAUCAAAUAUCAAUGAUUUAUAUAUCAAAAUAUAAAUAAAUGUUUUUCAAAAAUAUUUAACAUUAAAGUGAACAGUAAAUUUUGAACUCCCUAUAGUUUAAUGAAAGAAAAAAAAAAAAAACGGAGCAGUAUUCUUCGUAUCUCGAGAAUACAUAGAGUAGCUCAGAAUAUUAUGAAACAAAGAUAAAACAAAAGUAUAUAUAUAUCGAAACACGUCACUGAUAAUGAAUAUUUUAUCGACAAUAAUAAAGGUUAAGGAAUUUAAAUUACACUUAGAUAUGAAAUAUUUGAUUAUCUUCUAAGGUGGAAUCUAUUAUUAUUCUUUUUGUUCAUAUUUUUGAUGUUUUUCUAUUUUUUCAACGUCACGUUAAUCCUUAAGGUGGAAAACGAAAUGUUUGAAUUUUGAAGCAUUAUUUUUUGUAUUCUACGAUGCUAUAAUAAUCCUACGUAACGUCGUUUUAUAAGUUGUUGCCAUUUUUCGUAGAUGUUAUGUGUACGAAACAUUUGUCAUGUCGAAUGAAUCUUAAAAAAUUCUACUGUAGCGCUAAAGUUAAAAAUAUAUCUGUAUACGCAGUUUAAAACGAAA